UCAACUUUCUGACACCCUAGAACGCACAGAAUAGCCGCUGACGAUCUACCGAAAUUCUGUCCAGGCACCUUGUAUCCUGUUCUGAUCGUCAUUGUGGUGCAAUGGCGUGGCGACGACGCGCAUCAAGAGGAGGGGUAUGAUGCACUCAAGCUCGCGAUUACCCGCAGUACAUACGGUCAGCUUCCCCAGCCUUAUGCGGACAAGUGUCACCUCGUCAGCUGGCAGGCAGCCUGAUCGAACAUUUCUCCCAUCUUCGCCUCUGUUCUAUCAAUUGCUCAACUGAUCAUCCGGCAUGCGCGUCUUACGCACUGACGAUCUCAGCUUCGAGGAGUUUCCCGGCCUUCCGGACAAGGACUACGCCAUCCUAUCGCACGUCUGGGGCAAGCACGAGAUCUCUUACCAGGAUGUCAAAGUUCUAACACAAGCCAAUUCUCCUGGCGUAGCUGGAAAGUAUGCAGCACGCGCGAAAUUGACGGGCUGCAGAGCACAGGCGCGCAAGGACGGCCUCAAAUACCUCUGGAUUGAUACCUGUUGCAUCGACAAGCAUAGCCACUCGGAGUUCAGCGAAGCGAUAAACUCCAUGUUUCAUUGGUACAAGAGUUCGAAGAUCUGCUACGUAUACUUGACCGACGUUUCUGCGAAAGACGAUUUGGAAAAAUCCAAGUGGUUCACGCGAGGCUGGACGCUUCAGGAACUCCUCGCGCCAACCUCUGUGGUCUUUUUCAACAAGCGAUGGGAUCAUCUCGGGGACAAAAUCAAAUUGCAUCAGGAACUCUCUGCUAUUACUCAGAUACCACCCGAUUUUCUUUUGGGGCGAGGUCUCGAGGAUGCGAGUAUCGCCCAGCGUAUGUCCUGGGCUUCAAACAGGACCACAAGCAAGGAAGAAGAUCUAGCAUACUGUCUGUUGGGGAUAUUUGAUGUGCAUAUGCCACUUCUCUAUGGCGAACAACUGACAGCAGCAUUCCGACGACUGCAAAUUGAGAUACUGCAGAUGCAAGAUGAUACGAGUAUCUUCGCCUGGCAAACGCCUUUGCAAACAGACGCAAACCUCUCAGGGGCUAAUACAUACGGACUUCUUGCACCUGGUCCUGCGUCCUUCAAGCAGUCUACCAACGUUAUUCGCGCAGCCCUUCCUGUCGUCUCAGGUUACAAGCAAGGAAUUCGGACCCCGAUUUUGUUUAACAACAAAGGCCUUCAUCUUUCACUGCCAGUGUUGCAAAGAUCGGACAGACGGCUGAUAGCAAUUCUGGGUUGCACUACGGAAGACCAGUCUAGCAAAUGGCUUGCCGUUUGGCUCCAAGACAUAUCCCAAAACGACGGGCGAUACGUUCGCAUCAAUAACAUUCAACAUGUAACUGAUCGCGAAGUACGCUCCGGGGCGUAUUUCCAGGACAUUACUACCGAAACGAGACUUUUUCGGACGCUUUCUGUGAUUCCUAGAUCACGUUGGCAUUCGUCAACGUCCCAGAAUUGACCCAGACUCGGAGGUUCUCCCGCAUGUCGAGUUUUUGUCAGACUGGGAUAAAGACCGCCGUAGUAUCAAGCAGGACCAGGACUCUACAAUCAACUUCACGAUGCAAAGGCCUCCCACGCCAGGAAUGUCGUCAAGUGCGGCCAUAGUCGACGUGGGAAUGUUGGAAUCACAGGCGAUUUUGGGAAGUCGUUCAGUCUUGCAGAGCUUAUGACACAGCAUGGCGGACCGCCUAUACCGAAGCUUACUCCACUGUUGGCAGACAUUAAAGUAACGACGUAUCUCAUACAGCCAAGCCCUGCUGCAGGCAAUGACAACGACAAUGACAGUGACAGUGACAGUGACAGUGACAGUGACAAUGAUAAUGAC